AUGAAGAAAAUAUUUGAGGCGACCGAGGAGGAAGAGGCAAAGGACGAAAAGACUGAACCAGAUAAGACUGAAGAGGAAAAGGAAAUUAAGUUGAACGGCAAAGCGACGCCAGAGGAGAAGAGCGGGAAAGCAACUCCAGAAAAGGACAGCGGGAAAGCCACCCCUGAGAAAGACAGCGGGAAGGUCACCCCCGAAAAAGACAGCGGGAAGGUCACCCCGGAGAAAGAGAGCGGGAAGGUCAUCCCGGAGAAGGACAGCGGGAAGGCCACCCCGGAGAAGGACAGCGGCAAGGCCACGCCAGACAAAGACAGCGGCAAAGUGACGCCGGAGGACGGCAGCGGCAAGGCGACGCCGGAGAAGGAGGCGGCGGAGGAAGAGGAGAAGGCGGAUGCGCUGACCAACGGCCACGCGGAGGGCGCGUCGGAGGAGGAGAAGAAGGAAGGCGAGGAGGCACCGGCACCGGCGGCCGCCGACAAGCCCAAGGCGCCCAAGUCGGUGGCGGUGAAGGUGCCGGGCAAGGAGCCGACUACCAACGGCGACGUGGGCUCCCCGAAGAAGUCCCCGGCGAAGAAGACAGGCGCGGGCGUGGGCUCGCCCACCAAAGGCACGCCCAAAUCCCCUGUGAAGGGCAGCGCGCGCAAGCCGGCCGCCGCCGCCCCCGCCGCCGCCGCCGCCGCUGCGGCCCCCGCCGAGCCGUCCGCAUCGGACAAGAAAAAGGUGCCAAUGAACAAGGUGCAGGUGGGGGCGGCGCCCUCGCCCAACCUGAAGGCGGUGCGCUCCAAGAUCGGCUCCCUGGACAACGCCACCUACAAGCCCGGCGGCGGCCGGGUCAAAAUCGAGCACCACAAGCUGGACUUCAGCAAGACGCAGCCCAAGAUCGCCGCCAAGAACGAGACUUACGUCCCAGGCGGUGGUGACAAGAAGAGCCCAAUGCCAGCAUCGCCCAGCCAGGCGCUGUCCGAGGCAGCGCUGUCAGAACACUCUCAAGAAGAGGAGGAGGCAGAGGAGGAGAGCUAAGGAGGCACAGUGCCGAAUACUAGCAGUGCGGCAGAUACCACCAGCGCCCUCAGCAAGGUGACCUGCGCUUUCCGUUGCCCUUUGCCAGACAGUGCUCUGUUCCACUCUGCUCCGCUCCGCACUCCACCAUCCAUUUGUCCUGAUGGGAAGGCACCGCCUCUACCAGGAAUAUAUUCAGAUGUCUGUCCUGUUCACUGACAUUUGUCAGUUGGUAUAGAAAUUCCGAUCAAGUAAGAGCAAUUGACCAUGUUUCUGUGUAGGUUGGUUAAAACAUGGUAGAAGUUUUUUAUCAGUGGUUAGCAAAUGAUUGUUCACGAGUCCUCUUCGCCUUCAGCUUGACUGAAGGAUUAUGCAAGAAAGGAACCCGUUGACUACAUUCUCUUCUGUCCCUGCCAGUUUUAUUGACCUAUUUAAAUAAAUUGUAUUUGGUAUUUCAAUCAUUUGUAUUUUAAAAAUACAGCAGAGUAAAUGUUAAAAUUUCCAACAAAAUGAUGGGUUACUUGUUGUUUUUCACUUUCCAUUUUUCUUUUCAUUUCUUUUUUCUUCUUUCUUUGUUUAUCUUUCUUUGUACCUCUUACUUGAAUUGUGAUCAGUUAAUAAAGUCACCUUUUUUAACUUAUUUAGCUCAAAGCCAAGAUUUUCUUUUGUUUCUAUAAUCUUUUUUUUUUCUUUUUACCGAGUUUAAUUUUUCAUUGAUCUGUUGAAGCAAGAAUCUAUUUUUUGAAAUGUUAUAAUUAUGUUGGAUGUUCCUUUUCUUUGACAUUCCAAUAUUUUUUGCCGUGUAUCAUCUUUUAUUUGCUUAUCCAUAUUUUUGAAUUUGUUCAUGUUGAUGUAGUAAUAAUUGCAGAAAUACAUUUCUAUUUCAUUUCUUCUAUUGUUGAAAAUAUUUAUUUUCUUGGAUACUGAUUUUUGAAUGAUUUUAUAUGAAGUUGUUAAUUCAAUUCAUCACUUAUAAUUUAAAAAAAUUAAUUGUUACAAAUUUGGAAAAUGAUGUUAUAGAAUUCUUCAAUAAAGUAUGAAUUCAAACUUUUUCCAAGAGGUUACAAUAAAAAUGUCACGUAACUUCAAAUUUUAUAGAAUUCUGUUCACAAUUUGCAAGUCUGAAGCAGAUAUCACAAUAAUUCCUCCAAGUUGUAAACAGAAUGAAAUUGAAAAUUAUGUGCAUGGUAUGGAGGCAGAGAAGAGCUGACUAUUGAGGAACCAACCUACCAGAAUGACUAACCUUUUUCUCAAAGUAUGAAAUGGAAAUUUUAGUUUGAAAGUAAUACAUGUAGGAAGGAUAAUUUAUUCAGUGUAUACAUAUAAAGAUAAUCAAUUCUUCAAAUUUCCUUGGGGGAACGCAGUGCUCCUGAACAGGCUAAAACUUAUCCAUAGUGCAACCUUGAGAGAGCAGCUGUAUCAUCUUUGUUGUGCAUCGAGGGAGAAGUCUGAUAAAGAGAAGUCAAGAAGAAAGUAUUGCUUGUCUUUGUGGGUUCCUUGUGUUGAUAUUUAAAGUGAGAGACAACAGUAAUGAGAGAACUUUUAAUCUAUAAUUUGCUGUUCAUACUGUUUGUAUCUUUUGCCUACAUUUUUGCUUCCAAUAAGUUGUUUUUAUUGUAAUUAAAUUGUUCUACCUAGCUUUAUGGUAAUGAGGAUAAAGUUCCUAAUGUGUAAUGGAAUACAUAAAGUACACAAGAGAUUUCUCCAAAAUGAGGAAAAAUAAUUUUCUACUUGCCUAGUAUUUUAAUUAGAUCGUAUUAGGAGUAGUUGCAGAUAUUUGAUAAAUCGUCUUUCUUGGAUGUUUCGGGAUAUACAAAAAUAAUAGAAAUGUUAGGUGCAAUUUAUUUGAUAUUUCACUAUAUCUUAAAAAUGUUUUGUAGUCAAGAUUUUUAUUUGCUUCUUUUUAAUUCAUUCAUCACUGAAUAAUGACACUUAAAGGAAGUUGAAGGUGAGCUGCAAACAUCUAUUUCUAUGUUUGAUCAAGACUAUCAUGAAGACGAUCACGCAUAAAAUCAAUUUAAAAAAUACAUUCAUACUAUUAUAUUAGGAGAACAACCAUAGAUCACCAAAAACAUCUGUAGCAAUACUUUCUCCUUUGGCAUAAUAAAUUUGUGAUUGGGACUUUGGAGAUUGUUAACAAAACAUUUAACUUUGGUGUAUAUAUCAUAUGAAUUUAUCACAUACUUAAAAGAAAAUGGUGUUCCCUAAAUCCUAAUUCCCCUGUGUUUUAUCUUCCAAGAAGUGUCAUCAUGCUGUUCCUCUGUAUUAAUUUAAAGAUAUGUAAUGCCAAUUCCCUUAUCUAGCCCAAGAAACAGUAAGGUUCUUGUAAUUGGGUAAUUCAAAAUACUAUAAACUCAGGUUCUAAUCUUGCAAAUAACCAUCUAAUUUGAAAUCUCUACCAUCAAAUUUUGAAUGACCUUUUUUCUCUGUUGUAUAAUCAGAGAUAUACACUUAAGAUCUUGACUUCCAUUUACCAAUUAAUUCAUUAAAAAGAUCUUUACCAUAUGUCUUUAAACUGAGGAUACUCUAUACACAAUCCUAUGCAAUGAUAUACCUUAUGUACUGACGUUUUUUUUAGUUCUCUUAUGAAAUUUCUUGUAGGUAUUAAACAGUUUAUUUGUAACUGUUUCUCUUCAAAUUUCUAUUUUAUAUAACUGUAUUGGUUCUGUGAUAUGAUGCAUUGUUAAUUUCUACUUUCUUCUACAAUAAGUAUUUAGUGAACUGACGACGUUUUAAUUAUUCAUUGCUCCCUAUUUCAAUAAACAGAAUUUUAUAAAUUCUAGAAAAAAAUGUUAUUUUGGAAUCAUCCCAGAUAUUUAAAAUUAUAUGUGCACAAGCCUCCUUGUUCAUGAAAUUUCUGAACAAUUAUUAUAAAAAAUCCAAGGAAGUAUUAGUUACUUAGACAUAGAAAAGUAUUUCUCAAAAUUCACUUAAAUAAUAGUUUUACCUCAAAUAAAAAUGCUAAAUAGAUAAUCUUUUCUUUUUGUUAAAGGAAAAUAAAGUGAUAUUUCGUAAUAUUAAACUAAAAACAACAAAUAAUUCAUAUUUUUUUACUUUAAAUAAAAAAAGGCUUGUCUUUAUCCUACAAAGGAAUUAUUAAUGAUUAUCUUGUCAUGGGAUGCUUCUGUACGUAUAAUGAGAGAAAAUGCUGGAAAAAGGGGAAAUGUGAAUCUAAGGCUGGUGCUGACUUAAAAUGAAGUGUUUGUAUAAUAUAUGUCUCAAUUAAGUUCAUGACAAAGUUGUAGAUGUAACAUGAGUAAUGUUAAAUAUUUUAUUUCCACUAACAUUUGAAAGAAAUGUCUUUGUCAGAUAGUCCUGUGAGGCUUAUACAGCAUUUGUACAAAUAAUGGUAACACUCUUCAUAAUCCAAGAAUGCUGUAGGAUAUUUAAAAAAUAAAUUUGCUUUACACAAAUAA